AUGAUUGAAAAAUCAAAAAUUCGAUAAAUUCUUCUUGAUAAAUCGUUAGGCUAAAUCUUAAAAGUAGAUGGACCUGUUGAAUCUAUAAAGGUUGAAGAAUAGAUAGCUAAUUUACAAACCUUUCAUUAACAUUUUCAUACAACUGCUAAGAGAGAGCAUUCAGCUACUUCCAGAUUCAGAAAUAAGGUUGAAAAAUUAUAAGAUGAAUUUUGGAAAUGCAUACGACCAAGAACUCCUUCAGUUUCUAUUAACUGUAGAUAAAGAGUUACAAUAUUCGAUGAAUAAAAAGAUAUUAAAUUACAGUAAGCUACUAAUUUUGUCAUUCCAUGGGAGCCAACGAAAAAACAUAUACCACUUGAUAAGCAAACUAAAAGAAAAUCUUUGCACACUUAAGCUAUUAUACAUGAUUUGAAUUGUGAUCCUCCCAAACCUAAGACAAUUUGCUAUGUCAACUAUUCUAAAAUGUCGUUUAAUAGAUAAAGACCAUCAUCUUAAUAUCAUAUAGAUGAUUAGAAGGCAACAUAAACAUACUUAUAUUUGAAG